AUGUCUAGAGAGGAUAGUCAGAGUAGUGCGGUGCGGAGCGUGUGGCGGGGCCUCUCCGCCAGCUCCUCCCUGGAGGAUGCCCUCACAGGUCGAUAUGAGGCCCUGAGGGACAUCGCGCGGGGCAGCUUUGCCAAGGUCAUCUUGGCCCGACACAUCCUGACGGGGACCAAGGUGGCUGUGAAAGUCCUACAGAAGGUGAAUGGGGACUGCCUGCCCUUUGUGGUGUCUGAGCUGGACAUCCUGAGGGGUGUGGAGCACCCCCACGUGGUGCGGCUGCUGGAAAUCAUCGACACCCCCGGCACCACGUAUGUGGUGAUGGAGCACAUGGCCGGGGGCCCGCUGGCGCGGCACAUCCCAGAGGCCGUGGGCCUGUGUGAGGAGGAGGCCCGCGGGGUGUUCAGGCAGGUGGCCAGCGCACUGGGCUACUGCCACGGGCAGGGCAUCGCACACCGGGACCUGAAGGCGGACAAUGUGCUGCUGGAUGGCGCAGGUGGUGCUAAGCUCUGCGACUUCGGCCUGGCCUGCCGGUUCUCGGCUGGGGAGAAGCUGGGCGUGCUCUGCGGCACCAUGGCCUACUGGGCCCCGGAGUUGUUCCAGGGCACAGAGUACGAUGGGCCCGCGGUGGAUGUCUGGAGCAUGGGUGUCCUCCUCUUCCUCAUGCUUACGGGCUGCCUCCCUUUCACUGGGGCCAGCUUCCUGCAGGCCAAGGAGCAGGUGCUGCAGGCCAGGUACGACCUCCCAUCCCGCCUCUCGGCCGAGGUGCAGAACCUGGUGGCUGGAAUGCUGACCGUGGAGUCCACGCACAGGCCCACGCUCCAGCAGCUCCUGGGGCACCUGUGGCUGAGCCAGGGGGAGCAGCGCACACCCAGUCCUUCUGCUGAGCUGCUGCCCAGGCGCCCAGACACCUCCAUCUUGUUGGCCAUGCUGGACCUGGGUUACGGGCUACAGGAGACCUGGGUGUCGGUGUCGACGCGCCGGUUCAACGAGGCCAUGGGCACCUACCUCCUGCUGCACCACCAGAAAACCCAGGGGGCAGACUGUAAGGUGCGGGUGAAGCCUGGGCGGCCGCAGGUGGGGCCUUGCCCAUCCCCCUCCAACCCCUCCAGCUUGACUCUGGACCCGAGGAGGAGUGCCAGAGGGCCUGCCCUUCGCUCCUGGCCCCUCUGGGUCCACCAGCAGCUGCUGCCUGAGGAGCACAAGCCAUGGGGACAGAGGGGCAGCCCCAGAGCCAGCCUGCCCAACAUUCCCCUGUGCCACGUGCGAGCCAGCACCCCCACUGUGGUCCCUGUGUCCCCUCUGCCCUGCUGCUGUCUGAGCAAGUCCUCCCAGGCCCUGGCAUCAGAUCCAAGCUCCAAUUUCACCGAGCAAUACCUUGCUGCCACCAGGACCCCUGGCCGGCCCAGAGACACUGCCAGGGGCUGGAGGGGAGUGAUCUGGCAGGUGGCCGCUUGUCUGGCCAGGCUGUGCUGCUGCAUACAGGCCCCCAGGACAGGCCCGGGUGGCCCAAAUGGAGUGGUUCCAGAGCCAGGAGGGCGCACGCCACCACCUGCACUGACAGGUCCUGCAACUCCACACCAUGGCGGGCAGGCUCACAGAAGAAUCUUCAGGAACAGGGUGCGGGUGCCCUGGCCAAUGCCGACCCACAGCUGA